AAACAAACUCUGUUAAUCAGCACUGAAAUUUCAUCAGUUGAUCGUCCAUCCCAUUUCCCAACCAAUAAUGGAUGCUUUCCCUCACAGAUUUAUCUCUUCUCCCCUGUAGGGCCACCGGAACCAAUAAUGAAGAAACAGGGCUGUGAAGUUGAAGCACUAGGCAUAAACUACACUAUCCCCACUGCCUCACACCCACGCCGGAGCUCCACUCAACCCCGCCGCCGCGCUGGAGUCCGCGUCGUGUUGAAGGAUGUUAGCUGCCGGGCCAAGCCGUGGGAAAUCCUCGCCAUCGUCGGCCCCAGCGGGGCCGGGAAGUCAUCGCUGCUGGAGAUACUCGCCGGGAAAAUCCGACCCCAGAGCGCUUCCAUUUUCCUGAACCGGAAGCCGGUCGACAGGGCGAGGUUCAAGAAGCUGUCGGGGUACGUGACGCAAAAGGUCCCCUGUUGACCGUCGAGGAGACGUUGACUUUCAUCGGCCGGCUCCGGCUGGGCCUCCCCGGACCGGAGCUGAGGUCGAGGGUGAAGCUGCUGAUUGAGGAACUCGGCUUGAGCCACGUCGCCGGAGCUCGGAUCGGCGACGCGGAGAGAAUCCGGGGAAUCUCCGGCGGAGAGAGGCGGCGCGUUUCCAUCGGCGUGGAGGUUAUCCACGACCCCAGAGUUCUGAUUCUAGACGAGCCCACCUCCGGGCUGGACAGCACCUCGGCGCUGCAAAUCAUCGACAUGCUGAAGCUGAUGGCGGAGACCCGGGGCAGAACCGUAAUUCUGAGCAUCCACCAGCCCGGUUUCAGAAUCAUGAAGCUCUUCAACUCAAUCCUCCUGCUGGCCAACGGAACCGUCCUCCACCAUGGAACCGUCGACCAGCUUACGAUGAGGCUGCGCCUCAUGGGAUUGCACCCGCCUCCCCACGUCAACGCCCUCGAGUUCGCCAUAGAAUCCAUUGACGCAAUCAUUCAAGAAGAUAAAGAAGAAGAAGAAGAAAAAGGAACCCAAAACAGUAAUACUGAAACAGAGCUCAAAACAACCCAGACCCUUCAAGAGCUCUUUCAUCAGUCCAAGGUGGUUGAUGACGAGGAAUCCGCCGCCGCCAUCACUGAUGAUGAAGAGUUCAUUUAUAUUUCGGGGUUUGCGAAUUCGAGGACGAGGGAGACGAUGAUUCUCACACAGAGGUUCUGGAAAAACAUUUACAGAACAAAAGAGCUUUUCGCGUUCAGGAGUAUUCAAAUGCUGAUUUCAGGGGCAGUCUUGGGAUCAAUUUUCUACAAGCUGGAAGAUGACUUGCUGGGGGCAGAAGAAAGGGUGGGCUUAUUUGCAUUCAUAUUGACAUUCCUGCUAUCAAGCACAACAGAAGCUCUUCCCAUAUUUUUACAGGAAAGGGAGAUAUUGAUGAAAGAGACAUCCAGUGGGAGUUACAGAGUCUCCUCUUAUGCCAUAGCCAACGCCUUAGCCUACCUCCCAUUUCUCCUCAUCCUUUCACUCCUCUUCUCCCUCCCUCUCUACUGGCUCGUUGGAUUAAACCAAUCUGGAUUCACCCCUUACCUCAAUUUCCUCCUACUGAUAUGGCUGAUUCUCUACACUGCAAACUCAGUGGUAGUGUGUUUCAGCGCUCUGGUCCCGAACUUCAUCAUCGGGAACUCGGUCGUGUCGGCCGUGAUGGGCUCCUUCUUCCUCUUCUCGGGUUACUUCGUGUCGAAGAACGGGAUACCGAAGUACUGGAUUUUCAUGCAUUACAUAUCUCUGUUUAAGUACCCGUUCGAUGGGUUCUUGAUAAACGAGUUCUCCCGGCCGGAGAAGUGUCUGCAGGCGGUGUUAGGGAAAUGUGUGGUAAGUGGGGAGAAGCUGAUGAAGGAAGAAGGAUAUGGAGAUGAGAGGAGAUGGAGGAAUGUGUUAAUCAUGCUCUCCUUCAUCUUUCUUUACAGAUUCAUUUCCUAUGUUAUUCUCAGGUUUAGGUGUUCCCAAGGAGGAGGGAUAAUCAGGUGGAUUUUUCUUCCCAAGAUGAUCAUGCCUUCGCAGCCAAGGUGAUCAGGAAAUCUAUAUAUUAUCAUAUCCCUAUACUAUUUAGACCCAAUCAAGAACAGGUUUUUCUGUUAUCUGUUUGUUAAUGUCAACCAGAGGAAAACAGAUAUCAUCAAGUAUUUGAAUUUGAGUUUGAUCCCAUUGAGCCUCUCAGCUUCAAAUUGAACAACUCUUGGCUAAGUGGCUAACUUGAGCUGCAUUUAAGCUCUUCUGUUUUUCUUUUUGAAAAAUUGGAGAAAAGUAUGUAUAGUUUCUUAUACAUGACUUGAACUUUUAGGCCUGUGAGUGUGAGUAGAAAUUGCAAUUAAUGCAUGAAGUUUGUGAAAAUAAACCAUACUCAUCAUGAUAAACAAGAUGGAUAAAAGGUGGAACACUUGUUAGACACCCCAAAUUAUAUCAUUAUGUUGGGAAAUCUUAUUGUCACACUUGUGGGUAGUGUGGUAAAAUAAGUGCUUUUUCCCUUUUUGUGUAAUAGAAAAAGUAAAAGCACUUUUGACGCAGAAGCCGAGAAAAAUAAAAAUUGUAGUGUUUGGGAAAAUAAGUGUUUUUUAAAGCC